UUACGAACUUGGAUUACUCGUGCUACCAUCUCGAUGGUUCCAAAUUCCUCUUUCUCCAACGUCUCAAUUCCCACGCCGGUAUCUUGUCCAAUAAAUAGCCGCCGGAGGUGGGGAGGACGUGGGCCCCCAUCCGACCGUCCCCAACCGCGCCGCUUUGGGAUUAGGGCACGCUCCACUGUCGCCUCUUGUUCCCCCCUUCAAUCUCCGCCCUCCUCUCUCCCCCAAGAUUUCUCCCCACACCCGCCAUCUUCCGAUCGAGAAUCUUCAGGUGGCAUAAUGUCAGCUGUUACCAUCCCUACUGCCUGCAUGGCCACAAGCAGCAUCAGAAGCCAGGGCCCUGCCAUGCUGAUGAAGAGCCCUUUGUCCCUGAGCUCCAUAAGUAGCAUCUCAAAAGCUUCCAGUCUGAAAGUAUCUAACUGCUUCAGGGCAUCUGCCAUGGCUGUCUACAAGGUGAAGCUCAUUGGGCCAGAGGGUCAGGAGCACGAAAUUGAAGCUCCAGAUGACACUUACAUUCUGGAUGCCGCUGAGACCGCAGGAGUGGAGCUGCCUUACUCAUGCAGGGCUGGGGCAUGCUCCACUUGUGCCGGACGCCUGGCGUCCGGUAAAGUCGACCAGUCCGAUGGAUCCUUCCUUGAUGAAGCACAAAUGGAAAAGGGGUAUGUCCUGACAUGCAUCUCCUACCCAAAGGAAGACUGUGUUAUUCACACUCAUAAGGAAAGUGAGCUUUAUUGAUUGCUACAAAUAUGCUUGGGGUAAUGUUUGAAAUGUAUCAGGACCAACCGGAUGCUUCUGUUGUCACUGAAAAAGGUUCUUGGAAUUUCUUUAUCUCAGUUGCAGUGCUGUUAGCUGUUUAGAAUUUCAUUGCCAAUAUCAAACCUUUUUCUCAAACUGAUAUGAAUGUGGUUAUUGUGGAGUAUUUCAAGUAUAUGAUAACACCUUAGUAAA